CGAGAUCAGAACAAAAUAGAUAAGCAAAGCCGAAGCAUUAAAUCACACAUUUACCUUUUUGCCUUCUUAUAUUUUCUCGAGAGGAGAAAAAAAAACGAAAACUUUGCGCCGCAGGAUUCGAGGAAGAAGGUGUUUCUGGAUUCGCUGCUCGAACUGAAAAAGUACCCGCUUUUCCUUUUUCUUCAGGUUGUGUUGAGAGAACGAGAAGACUCUUCGGGUUCAAUGGGAAAUUUUGUGGCGACUGGUUCAAGGGUUUCUGAAAACGAAGAUGGAGCUGUUUUAGGUCAUAUGAAUUCUGAUGAUAAUUUUAAGGGGAACGAUGUUAAGAUGGAGAGUGUUAACGACGCUGGACCAAUCGAUGAUUAUGUGAUGAGUGAAGCUUCUUCGUUGCUGAACACCAAGCAAGAUUCCAGAGCUAAUUUUGAAGAAGAGGAGGAGAUCAAUGACGACGAUGAAGAUGAAGAAGAUGAAGAGGAUGAAGAGGAUGAAGAAGAAGAGAAUGGGUUCCUUGUGGGAGAUAUUGUGUGGGUAGAAGAAGUCAAUAGUCAUCAAUGGUGGCCUGGGAAGAUUUACGAUUCUUCAGAUGCUUCAGACUUGGCUUUGAAGCAAAUGCAGAAGGGUAAAUUACUUGUGGCAUAUUUUUGGAAUCAGAGGUUUGCUUGGUGCAGUCCAUCGCAGUUGCAACCGUUUCUGGAGAAUUUCAGAGAGUUUUCGAAGACGAGCGGUUCCAGAAGCUUUCUCAGUGCUGUGGAAGAAGCUGUGGGAGAGAUUGGUGAACAUGUUGAGCAUCUGUUGGUUCGUGAUGAAGCGCCUCUGGUUAGUCGUGUAGCAGUGAAUUCUGGUAUAAAGGAAGGAGUUCUUGUGCCUGAUGUUAGAAGAGAGAUCAUAUCGUCUUUGGUUCUUGAAAGACCUGGAAAAAUUCUUGAAGAUGUCCAGAGCCUUGCGAAAGCGGUUAGUUUUAGUGAUUUGCUAGAGAUUGAGGUUUUGAAGAGGAAAGUAUACGCCUUUUACCGGUCUAAAGGAAGGUUUGAUUCAGCUAGAUGUGAUGAGGAUGGAUAUAUAAUAGGACUUGAAGACAAAGAGGAUGCAAAUGAGUUGGAUUUUGACAACUCUUCUUGGCAGAGAUCAUUAAGAAAAUGCUCUGGGCCUGCUAGUAAAAAGAGGAAACAUGGUGAUGAAGUUGAUCUUGCUGAUGCAGCAACCACUGGUUCUACUACUUUGAGGAGAAGACUUGGUGAGGUUUGUAAGAUUAAGGACACUGAUCUGAAGCAAGUGGAAGAUAUUAGUAGUAAUGGGAAAAGCUUUUCGUCGAAGAAGAGGAAGAACAAAAGGGAUUUGGAGGAUGAUAAUGAUGAUGACGACGAGAUUGAGAAAAGAGAAGAAUCAAACGACUCAAACCACUUAGACGACAGUGAGAAGAAACAGGAUUCGGGUCUUGAAAUGACUGUUGAUUUAUCAACUCCAUUGGCCUCACUCUGCAAAAGGCCCAGGUUUGAUGUUUCUUCAAGUGCUGAAAUGAACAAUGGAAGUGGCGAGACUAUAGUGCAAACAGGUAAAAGAGAGAGGAAGAAAAGCAAGUAUCUUUCUCCAGAAUAUAUGACGGAUUUUUGCUGGAGAGCGAGAAAGAUCAAAAUAGAAUCUGAAUCAAGUCAGAUCCGAGUAGCAGUGAGAAUGACGAAGAGCGCUGCUGGAAAAGCCAUUGACUUUGAGAGCUUGGGAGCUUCACCAGAGGAAAUACUGAAUCUACUCCAUGAGGCGGCUCUUGGUACACAAUAUUCAAAAGACUGUAGUAGCUCGUGUGACAAGAUAAGAGAGUUUGUGUCCAUUUAUCGAAGCUUUACGUAUCACGAUGGAGCCAAUAACAAGAAGGUUCACAGUAGAGACAUUUCAGAUGAAGAUAAGAAGCCUGAAGUGAAGCGGGAAGUAGUAGAUGAGAAAGAGCAAACCAGAAAUGAGCCGAACAAGAGAGAAGUUGAGAAGCAGCAAUUUUCAGGUGUUGAGCUAUUUAUCAAGGCUGGUUCUACUCUGCCUUCAAAAGAUGAUUUGAUCAGAACAUACCAAAAGUUUGGAGCUUUGGACAUUGAGAGAAGCUUUGUGUUGGACGAUGAUAACUCCUCCGCACUUGUCUCCUUCUUGAAUGUAUCUGAUGGAGAAGAAGCAUUUUACAAGUCACUUGAGAAAUGCCCAUUCGCUGCUACUACUUCCACCGUUACAUUCAAGCUCAAGUACCCUUCUUCUGAUUCACUUGAAAACCUAAAUGAGAAGAAGGAAGGUGAAAGCAGAAAGGGCGUGAUGGAAAUCGAGUGUUUGAGAAAGAAGCUUGAUGAGAUGAGAGCAUUGCUGGAUCAAUCAGAGGGAGAGAUUACGGAAGAAUUGAAGAUGAAACUUGAAGAAGGAUCAAGAAACUUGCUGGACAAGAUAAGCAAGAUCAUUGUUCGUUCCUGUUAAAGUCUGUGUAUUAGUUGAAGAAGACACACUAGCUUAGCUUUUAGGAGACGAGAGGUUUGAAAGACUUAUUAUUUAUACACAACAAAAAAUCAAUUAAAAACUGUUUGUUAUGUGAUUCCACUUCAGGCCCAAUGGGCCCUUCGAUCUUAAUCUUGUAAUGACCAACGAUACAGAGCUCUGCAAGUAAAGCAACCUAACACCGUAA